AUGGCGUGGCCCAGCGGCUUGUACCUCUUGGCUGUUGCGCUCUUGCCCUGGUCGUGCGCUGCCCGGGAGCUGGGGCAUCUCGACCCGCCGGCGCCCCUGCCGCUGGUGAUCUGGCAUGGGAUGGGAGACAGCUGUUGUAAUCCCUUAAGCAUGGGUGCUGUUAAAAAAAUGGUUGAGAAGAAAAUACCUGGAAUUUACGUCUUAUCUUUAGAGAUUGGGAAGACCCUGAUGGAGGACGUGGAGAACAGCUUUUUCUUGAAUGUCAAUUCCCAAGUAACAACAGUGUGUCAGAUUCUUGCUAAGGAUCCUAAAUUGCAGCAAGGCUACAAUGCUAUGGGAUUCUCCCAGGGAGGCCAAUUUCUGAGGGCAGUGGCUCAGAGAUGCCCAUCACCUCCCAUGAUCCAUCUGAUCUCAGUUGGGGGACAACACCAAGGUGUUUUUGGGCUCCCUCGAUGUCCAGGAGAGAGCUCUCACAUUUGUGACUUCAUCAGAAAAACACUGAAUGCUGGGGCUUACUCCAAAGCUGUUCAGGAACGCCUGGUACAAGCAGAAUACUGGCAUGACCCCAUAAAGGAGGAUGUAUACCGAAACCACAGCAUCUUCUUGGCAGAUAUAAAUCAGGAGAGGAGUGUCAACGAGUCCUACAAGAAAAACCUGAUGGCCCUGAAGAAGUUUGUGAUGGUGAAAUUCCUCAAUGAUUCCAUUGUGGACCCUGUGGAUUCUGAGUGGUUUGGAUUUUACAGAAGUGGCCAAGCCAAGGAAACCAUUCCUUUACAGGAGACCACUCUGUACACACAGGAUCGUCUGGGACUAAAGGAAAUGGACAAAGCAGGACAACUAGUGUUUCUGGCAACAGAAGGGGACCAUCUUCAACUGUCUGAACAAUGGUUUUAUGCCCACAUCAUACCCUUCCUUGAAUGAAACCCCUGCAGUUGCAACAGAGCUCAGGGAGCCCGACUCUUCCAAACCCAUGGGACAGUUUCCUUCAUGUCCAAGCCUGAGCUCAGAUACAGCUUGCAACUAAUCCUUCUCUCCUGUCAUCAUCUAACAUGCCCUACUUGGAAAGAUCUAAGAUCUGAAUCUUAUCCUUUGUUCUCAUCCUUUACCGCCUCCUAUCACCAUAUGGUGUUGAAUGCAAGUUUAAUUAGUUAAUAACUAUGGGAUUGUUUUACAAUCUUUUGAAGUGGUCAAGCUAAGUCUUAGGAAAGGGAGUCUGCUGCAGAUCAAUGCCAGAACUGUGCCCAGGCCCAGAGGAAGCUGAACAAACUAAAGCAAUGAGAUAGAUUCUAAGCGCCAACAUCUUUCUCAGGAAAGUCUAGCCAGAUUUCAAGUAGAGAAGGCUAGUGCCCAGGCCUGAGUUACUCCUGUAAAUACUUUGUUUUGCUGGUAAAAAUUUAGCUAGUGCUUGGAAAAGUAUAGCUUGGAUAAUGCUCCCACGUAAUUUCUUAAGGCUACCUUCCUAAGUAUGUUGCUUUGUGGCCUGUCUUAGCAAUCGUUGGAUAAAUUCCACUGGCCUACCAUCUUGUCUCUGCAGCACCUAUUUUAUCUCCUUGGGCAGUAAUGAAUUAGUUGCUCUGUCACAAAAGGAGGAAGUUGCACCCAACUGGAUUGCUUAAGAGAGGAAAUGUACAUCUUGUGUAACUUAGAGUGAGGGGGUGGGUGAAGAAAAUGUAGGAGUGGAAGUGAAAAAUGAGGCAGCUAAUUCUUUCCAUCCUUGACUAACCUGCCCUUUCUUAAUAUGACUAGUGGUCUGGAUGCUGGAGUUACUGCAAAAAGUGGGAGGAACACUGUGAAGAGAUCAGGCUUUCUAACUUCCAUCCCCCAAAACCGUAUUUACCAGCACUCUCUAAACUGUUUCUGAUGUGUUUUGUACGAAAAGGAUUUUUUACUCAAAAAGGCUGGAGAGGGCCAGCCACCCGCCAUCCCACCCCCCCACUCCCCCAAAAAGAAAAAGCUUGGAGAAUAUCGCAUACUUCCUUAUUCCUCCAGGAGAUCAAUCCACAUUAGGAUAUCUAAGGACAUUAAGAAUUGCUGUUAUAGUAAGAAAAACUAACUUUACCAUUUCCUACAAUAUUUGAGCAUGGAAGUGUUAGCCCCCAACCUGUGAAAACCUAUCAGCACUUUUUGGAAGACUGUUCUGUAGACUGCCAGUCUGGAGAAAUGAUUAGCUAUGCUUUGAUGAAAGAAACUUGUUAGUGCUGUAAAGUUUACCCUUUAUGAUUUUUUCCUUUUGCUCUCUCAAGCCUUAUUCAACUACAAGGUGAGAUUAAGGGCAAGAAGUGUGUGUGGGGAGUGUGUGAAAAUAAUUUUAUGAAGUUGUCUAAAAUAAAGAGUAGUUUCUUA